GCAUUUUUGGCAAACCAAAAAAACAGACACCACAACUUGCGCACAGGCUGGACAGCUCGGGGGCAGUACGACUGCCACCAUGCAGUCAUUCACUUACAUACAUGGCUGCAUUUUGUCAUCCUCAUCACCACCACCAUCAUCAUCUGGACGCCAGUGGUCGAUUUGCUAAAUCGAUCACUCGAUUAGUAUGCCGAUCGCGUACAAACAUUAUUCGUAGCCGCCGAGGCUCGCAUUUCUGAUUAGGCCCGUUUGUUUUGGCUGGGCGAACUUUUAGCAACACCGGGCUUCGUGUUCAUUCGGAUUGCAAUUAAUCGAUCACAGCCGAAGUUGUGCUUUGAGAAAUUAUGCAAAAAACAAAAAUCGAAAACCCCAAAAAUAGACUCUCCCAGCCGACAGCCAAAAGACUAGGCUACCGGCCAGUGGCUACUCGUGUUUGCAUCGAAACGAAAUCGAAAUCGAAAAACAGAGGUAAUAACAAUAAAAACAAUAAAUAUGUAAUAACCAAAAACGAAAAGAAAAAAUUGUUUUCAACUUCCGUUGUGGUAUAAAAUCCCAGUACGAAGUGGUUGGAGGUAUCAAAUCAUCACUGCCCAUAGCAGAACCAACAACGAAUUCUCGGGAUUAACCAAAAAAAAGAAAAAAACAAAACGAAAUGAAAUUGUUCAUUGUGUUAGCCUGUACCUUGGCCGUGGUGGCCGCUCGCCCCGAGCCUCCCAAAAGCCGUUACGGACCUCCCCCAGCUCCACAAAAGGAAUACUUGCCACCCAAGCCUGCUGAGCAGUAUGGCCCGCCACCUACCCAAUCAUCAGCUCAACCUUUACCCGUCUAUGGUGCUCCAGCUCCUUUCUAUGGACCUCCCGUGGCCGAGACGUUGGUAACCAAGAAUGUCUAUGUCCAUGUGCCACCAGAGGAGCCUGAAUCCUAUCCCGCCCCAGCACCCAUUCAAACUGCUGUGCCCAAGAAACACUACAAAAUCAUUUUCAUCAAGGCUCCCAACACACCUGCCCCCGUCCGUCAAGUCCUUCCACCCCCCGUCCAGGAUGAACACAAAACAUUGGUCUAUGUCUUGGUUAAGAAGCCCGAAGAACAACAACCCAUCAUUUUGCCCACACCCCAACCCACUGAGCCCAGCAAGCCCGAGGUGUACUUCAUCAAGUACAAGCAACAAAACAAACCAGCCGAACAGUACGGCCCACCAGCCGCUCCUGCCGAACAAUACGGACCACCAGCUGAAAAAUUCUAAAUUCUGGGAUCCGACACCAUUCGAAUGUGGUCUGUUUGUAAAUAGUUUUUUUAACGCCACUAUCCCCACUACCACCCCCAUAUCCCAUAACUUAAAUUAUGUUCAUACGUCCCACAAUGCGCUAAUCGUCCUUCCUUCCUUUAUCCAUCCAUCCUUUCCUUACUUAGUCGAAUCUAACUAAGUUCGUAAAGCUUUACUUGUUAUUAAUUUUGUUUUGUUAUUUUUUUUUAAUUUUUUUUUUUUUUGUGUG